UUUUGACUGUGUCGUAGACAUCAUGUACUAGGUCGUCGUCUUCGUCGUCGGUAUGUGAACUUGCGGUAUAAAUAAAACUGCUGAUCGGAGAAUGGUUGAUAGUCAGCCCGCGGCAUUCAAAUGGUGCAGAAGAGUGAUAAUUUACGGAGGUAGAAUAGCUAGAAAAUUUUCGUAUUUCUUCCACCAGUUAGACCCAAGACCCCCGCAGUAGUGAGCCGGCAUUCUGAGUGAAAGGUUCGAAACUGUUCGAACGCUAGUAAAACCGUUUAACUUAGUGAAUAUGAUAUCGUUUGUAGUAAUAUCAGCCCUUUUGGCGUGUACAGCUCACGCCAAGCCACAGAGUCAGUUUGGUGCCAGGAGCAAUUACAACCAGAAUGUGCCUUUCAAUCGGAACCUGCAGGUGCAACCGUUGCAGCAGCAGCAGCACCACCAACAACAACACAAUCAGCAGCAUAAUCAGCAGCAGCAACAGUAUAAUCAGCCGCCCCAGCAGCAUCAUCAGCAGCAACGGUUUGGUCAGCAUAACCAGCAGCAACAGGCGCACCGGCAAACCCAUCAGGCGCUAAGGUCUGCAACGGGACAGAUCCAGCAGCAGCAGCAGCACCAUCAGCAGCCACAAACGCAGUUUAAUCAGCGAUUACAGGGUUUCCAAGGUGCGCCUCGACCAUUUGUGCCCAUCACCUCGUACAACAAUGACGUUUCAUUCGACGGAUCGUACUCGUACGGGUACACGACCGGCGAUGGCCAACAGCAGCAAGCCUCGGGAUACCUGAAAAACCCGGGUCUCAAAGAUCUGGAAGCCCAAUCGGUCCAGGGUUCCUACUCGUACACCUCGCCGGAGGGCCAGCUCAUCACGGUCACCUACAUUGCCGAUGAAAAUGGUUUCCGAGCUGAGGGAGCUCAUCUGCCAACACCCCCGCCAAUUCCGGAGGCCAUCCAAAAAUCGCUGGCCCUAAUUGCCGCCACUCAGCCGGUGUCGCAAAAGUUUAGUCAAGCGUACAGCCAGCAACCGUUUGGAACCAACCAGAACUACAACCGAUAUGGAUAAAAGUCUCCUCAGCUGACAACGUGCACAUGAUACCAAAUAUCUUCAGACCUCUUGAAUGACUCUCGACUGGAUACGUGACCUAUUGCAACAUAUUCCUUAAGAUACCUACGGUACAGUAAUAGUCCAAACCCGAAGUAGUACCAGUAUAGAUACAGAACGUGAUUUGUUGAGCCAGCGCCAAGAACUCCUGAUAUGUGAAUGCCCCCACCACCCACUCCACUCGAAGCAACGGAGUUGCUCCACCGUGGACUGUUUUUUGUUUGUUUUACUUAAUAGAUUAUUAAUUUAGUUCGCUCUUUGCAACCCUCAGUGUGCAUGUAAAUAAAUAUACCUUGUCUCGUAACCGUCUUCCCCCCUCAGCAGUAAUGAAAGUAUGAAAUGUAUUGUGAGCAAGCAUGAAUUAAAAUAUUAAUUCGAAAAA